AAUCAACUGCAGAGAACCAGGAAAUCUUCUAGAGUCUACAGAGAAGUUUCGAAGGGAAAUAACAAGUCUAACAGCAUCGUAAACCUUUUUCGUCUUCCAUCUCCACGUAUUCUAUGUACAGCUGAAGCUAAAUUUUGGGAUGAGAAAAUUAAGGUUGCCCAACUCUGAUCUAUUUAUUUUUUUGGGGACGGAUUUAGGACUUCAAUGUUUGAAUUUUUUGUAACACGUAUAACGUUAUGAGCGAUAAAGGGAACCGACGUGUUUCGAAGACUUUGGCUUAAUGGAAGGAGUCAGUAAAAGCCUCACCAAAAAAAGUUAUGAAAAACCCCAAAAAACCAAAUAUUCACUUGUAGCAUGCCUUGUCUGCCUGAUAUUUACAAAAGAAGCCAAAGCUUUCUGUAUGGAGAAGACAUACCUGUCUGCUACAGAAGGAAGACCUGUGGUUCUUGGUCCUGAAGUGGCCAUAACAGAAGAGGUAUCAUUCAUCCUUUGGAUAAGAGAUGACGAUACUGAAAUUGCAUCAAUACGACAUCCUAAAGAAAGUGCUAUUAUUCGAAAUAACGGAAAUGGUGAUAAAGUAAACAUCUCUCACGAUGGUUCCUUAACUAUAAAUAAUUUCACUGUGGAAGACCAAGGAACGUAUACUGUUAUGAUAAAGCAAGUGAAUAAAUCAGACUGCAACCAUACGUUUUAUGUCAGCGUGUCUGAACAAUCAUCAUGUGGAGACAUAAGAGAUGUGACAGGAAGAGAGGAGGAAGAGAUAACUUUACCGCUUGACGGGGACGGAGUACAAGUAAAAAUUGUGUACUGGCUUUCACCCAGUGGGGAACUUCUUGCCAAAACCAAACCAGGUGGAUACAUCCAAGCUCAAAGUAAUUAUAAUAGGAGGCUGAAAACUCUUGCGGACAGUUCUUUAACCAUAAUGAAAUUAACUACAGAAGAUCAAGGAAUCUACGUGGCAAAUGUGUAUAUGAACAGCGGAAAACGUUGCUCCCAGAAGUAUAAUGUCAUCGUUUCUGGUGUGACUCCUGAAACAGCAAAUAUGAAAACAGUCUAUGUAUUUUCCUCUGAGGAGCAGGAGGUAACUCUACCAUUUCCUGAACUUUUAAUGGACCAAGUGGAAGACGUUUUCUGGAUGAAGGACUAUGCUCAACAUAUCGCCACAACAUUUAUGAACGAGUCUCUGCACAUCCUAGACUCCAGGUAUCAAGGAAGAUUGAACAGCACUAGUGAUGGCUCCCUGAUUAUCCAUGAUCUACGUGUGGAAGACAGAGGAAAAUACUCAGCCGAUAUACAUCUGACCAAUAAAGAACUUUAUACAGAAAUAUAUCAUCUCACCAUUUACAGAAAAUCAUACUACAUUCCACUUGGGAGAAGGAACAUUACUGUUACAGAAGGGGGAGACCUGAAUUUACAAAAUGAUUUACAAGGAAUCCAAUCGAUUGACUGGCUCGCACCAAGGUGGAAUCGAUUUGCUGUAACUAAGCAAGAUGGAACAAUGUGCAUUUACAACGAGAAUUACUCUGACCGACUGUCCAGCCUAAAGGAUGGCUCCAUAACCAUAAAAAGAGUAACGAAGAAAGAUGAAGGAAUCUACAGAGCUCAUAUGUUUUCACAUAAUGGAACGUUGCUGGAGCUCGAGUACCAAGUCUAUAUUCAAAGUAUGUGUAGUAACAGUCAAAAGAUAUUUUUACUAAUACAACAUGAUUUGAUUUUAUUAUCACGUUUUCUGUUCAUUUCAAGAAUGGUUGGCAUGUAAAAGGAAAUUUAAUUGAAUGCAGGAUCUUGCUGAAACUGUGAUUCCUAAAGGAACUCA